GGCGGAAAUGGCUUCGUGCGGGGAGCUCCAGCAGUAGUAAUGGCAGGGCCCGGGCGUGCAAGAGGCACACGUUUGGCGGGUCCUGGAGGCUCAGGACAGCCGCAAGCGCGACGGCGGCAGCAGCAGGCGAAGGGACAGCAGCGCUUGGCCUCACGGCCAGGACAGCGCAGCAAAGAAAAGAAGAAAGUGAAUUGCAAGCCCAAGAAUCAAGAUGAGCAAGAAAUCCCUUUCCGGCUCCGAGAGAUUAUGAGGAGCCGACAGGAGAUGAAAAAGCAGCUCAGCAACAAGAAGAGAAAGAAGGAGGCCCAGGCGGCUUUCAAGGAGACACUGGAAAAGGAAGCAAAGGGGGAAGAAGAGACAGACAUCGUUGUCCCCAAGUUCAAGCAGAGGAAGGGGGAGUCUGAAGUGGCCUACGUCCAACGCAUGGAACAGGAGGCCCAGCAUGUGCUGUUCCUUAGCAAGAACCAGGCCCCUCGGCAGCCAGAGGUGCAGGCAGCUCCCAAGAAGGAGAAGUCUGAACGGAAGAAAGCGUUCCAGAAGCGGCGCCUUGAAAAAGCCCAGAAGAAAAGGGAGGAAAGAGCAGUGGACAGGCUGGAGCAGGAGCUGCUGAAAGAUACUGUGGAGUUUGGAGAGGUUGUGCUGCAGCCCCCGGAGCUGACGGUCCAGCCUAGACGGAGCAUUGGCAGAGAUGCGCCUGGCAAGAAGUCUCUAAUGUUAAAGAUGCUUUUGGGCGCUGGUGGUGGGUCCCUGACUCCAGCUACCUCACUGGCCCGCCAGCGGAUUCUGGGGGAAGAGCGGGAACGGGCUGUGCAGGCUUACAGAGCCCUGAAGAAGCUGCAGCGACAGGAAGUGACAUCUGCACACCCACUUGGAUGCUCUUCUCAGAGGAAGCUGCAGACUUGUCUGUGACUCAGAGACCCAGGGGACCAAUGCGCUGGAAACUGUCCCGCUAGCUGCUAGACCUGGCAGAGGGAAAGACAGCAGAUGCUUGUCUCUGGAUAGGGGCUUGAACAGUAUGGGAGUGGGGGUGCUUUUCUUUCCCCGUUCCCUGAAGGUUAUCCUUUUAAAAGUGACCACCAGUGAAUUCCACCGCAUACAGGGCAAGUUCCCCCAGCACUUGCCUGAGACACAGAUGGGAGGGCUGGUGUUUUCCUGAGCCUGGCUUCAUUCUGAAACAAGUCUCAGCGAAGACAAGUCAGGACUACUGUACAAAGGACUCAAUUCCUUAAUCCAGCUGAUUACUGAAGCUGCUGUUGUAGGUCAGCCUGCUAUCUUAAGAGGCUCCUAUGGGUUCAGUGCCAUGCAAGGCAGGGUAACAGUACAGUGGAAACAGAUACACCCAGUGCAAGUGUAUCAAUCUCUCAGGUGGCUGGCAGUCAGCACCUUGUUUGCCUGCAGGGGUGUGUACAGAGGCCAGAGUACCCAUCUAGGUUUGGUUUGGAUAGAGAUGGGGUGUCAGUACUGCCUCAACGCCUUGAGGUAUAAACACCAGACUUCAGUGAUAGGAAGGGCAGAGUGAUUAUACCAAGAGAGUAGGAAAAUGUCCAUUCCUGCGUGGCAGGCCUUCGGAGAGGACCAGGAUGGAAUCUGUUUGAAUGUGUCUCCCAUAGUAUUAAAGGAGGGAGGACCUGAUGCUGGCUCCCGAUAGUAAAACCUUGAAAUUCAUCCAAACCCCUCGGGAGUGCGGUCCCGCCCUAGAAUCCUGGCACCUAGGAGGUAGAAGCAAAGGAAUUGGGUGUUCAAAGCCAGUCUUGACUACAUGAGACCAUGUUUCAAAAAACAAAAACCAAGCCGGGCGAUGGUGGCGCACGCCUUUAAUCCCAGCACUCGGGAGGCAGAGGCAGGCGGAUCUCUGUGAGUUCGAGGCCAGCCUGGUCUACAAAGGGAGUUCCAGGACAGGCUCCAAAACCACAGAGAAACCCUGUCUCGAAAAACCAAAAAAAAAAAAAAAAAAAAAAAAAAAAAAAAAAAAGAGUAAAAAAACAAAAACCACCCUCAUGUUGACAUCAAAAGAGCUAGGCUUGGGCCUUGCUUCUUCUGGCAGACCUAGGGGCUUCUCUCUUAGUUGUAAAAGAAUGCUCGUUCGUUUCCCAGCUGCCGAAACCCAAAUAAUCACACAGAAGCUAUAUUAAUUACAACACUGUUUGGCCAAUGGCUCAUGCAUUUGUAGCUAGUGCUCACAAAUUAACCCAUUUCUGUUAAUCUGUGUGUUACCACGAGGCUGGUAAGGUUCUGGAGGUGUCUUUCUCCUUGGGCAGCUACAUGGCAUCUCCUUGACUCUACCUUCUCUCUCUCUCUCUCUCUCUCUCUCUCUCUCUCUCUCUCUCUCUCUCUCUCUCUCUCUCUCUCUCCUCUCUCUCUCUCUGUUUGAAUUUCCUGUCUGGCUUUGCUCUACUAAGCCACUGGCCGAAACAGCUUUAUUCAAUAAAGCAACACAUAUAUGACUGUAUAUGGGACAGCCCGCAUCAUCUAGAACAGCUCGGAAGGAGCCCACAUGGAGUGCCUUGACUCUUCCAAGUUUGCAUUUUCCAGAGUAAAGUUUACUGACGUUAAAGUUUUACUCUCUUUGAAGUCUGGGUCCUUGCUCUCUGACACACUUGGUCACAGCUCAAGUCCGUGCAUGUCGGUGUGACUGGAGAUGAGUGCUUAGACAAUUAGCAAGGGCCAGGGUCCAAUAAGUUGGAUGCCUUGGCCAUUUCGUUUCCCACUAAGCAU